GGGCUCCAUGUGACCUGCGGGGGGUGGGCCAUGCAUCCCGAACGGGCUCUCUGAUAGGCUCUCCCGGAGGCUCCCAGCCCACCUCGGUUCAGUGGCCUGUCCCGACGGUGGUGAGAUUGGGAUGAGAGGGAAAGGAGAGCGGUCACGGUGGUCUAGGAUGAGAGCGGGGGUUAUGAAGAGGAAGGCGAAGGUGAAACCGCUGGUAGCAGGGAAGGAGUUACCGCCGAAGAGGGUCUAUGACACAGACUCCAGCAGGCACCAAUCAGAUAAGGAAAAGGGGAAAGAAAAGCUGGAGGAAGACGAGGCCUCAGCAGCCAGUACCAUGGCCGUUUCAGCCUCCCUCAUGCCGCCCAUCUGGGACAAAACCAUCCCAUAUGAUGGCGAGUCUUUCCACCUGGAGUACAUGGACCUGGACGAGUUCCUGCUGGAGAAUGGCAUUCCUGCCAGCCCCACCCACCUGGCCCAGAACCUACUGCUGCGUGUAGCCGAGCUGGAAGGGAAGGAGUCGGCCAGCUCUUCCACAGCGUCCCCACCGUCCUCUUCCACCGCCGUCUUUCAGCCCUCUGAAACCGUGUCCAGCACAGAAUCCUCCCUUGAAAAGGAGAGGGAAACACCCAGUCCCAUCGACCCCAACUGUGUGGAGGUGGAUGUGAAUUUCAAUCCUGACCCUGCAGACCUGGUCCUCUCCAGUGUACCAGGCGGGGAGCUCUUCAAUCCUCGGAAGCACAAGUUUGCAGAGGAGGACCUGAAGCCCCAGCCCAUGAUCAAAAAGGCCAAGAAGGUCUUUGUCCCCGAUGAACAGAAGGAUGAAAAGUACUGGACAAGACGCAAAAAGAACAACGUGGCAGCCAAACGGUCCCGGGACGCCCGGCGCCUGAAGGAAAACCAGAUCACCAUCCGGGCCGCCUUCCUGGAGAAGGAGAACAUGGCCCUGCGGACGGAGGUGGCUGAGCUACGCAAGGAGGUGGGCAAGUGCAAGACCAUCGUGUCCAAGUACGAGACCAAGUACGGGCCCUUGUAACCUGUGCCCCCGCCCUGGCCACGCUGCCUGCAUCUCAGCCCUCUGCCUGGGGGCUCCCUGAAACCCCACACACGUGGAGACUUAUGACUCGUCACGGGCGAAUGGUGACGCACCUGCUCCAGGAGCUGUCAUGUUCAAGCUUCAUUAUCCCAAGGCCAGCGCAUGGGGCGACUUCCCUGGGGAGCCAGCCUACUCACUGGCAGGGACGCGAGAGAAUCGAGGUAGACGGGUGCAUCAGCCUUAGUGUCUGUUCUUGGAUGUCCCAGUUGAACUGGAAGGGGACCCCUGGAGGACAGACCUCCUUUCACAGGGCGCUCAAGACGCCCCGACUCUCCCUCAGCCUCCACCCGGGCUGCGGAGGCCUGUCUCCGCAGAAUGAGUCCAUCGUUGUCGCCCUUAUGUCUUCUCAGGUAGCAGGGCGUGUUUCUAGGUGUGCUUUGUCUGUGGGCCACCUCACCCUCCCCAGAAAGCCCAAGAGAAACAUCCGUUCCCAUCUCCCUUAGAGGUCGGAAGACACACCAGCUCCUCUGUCGUGUCUGCAUGGAUCCCAGGCCACCUAAGUGGCUCUGCUAGCCUGGGUUGCGGUUGGGAUCUGGGGACUGCAGCAAAAGUGCACCCAACCAUUCUUAGCUCCCACACCCCUUUACUCUUGCGACUCUAAGGCCUGGAAGCCAGGGAGGGGGCGCUGGCAGUCGGCGCUCUCUGCGUCUUGUCUGUUGCGAAGGGGAGAUCCCCAGGCCGGCCGGCCUCUGAGCCCUGAUCACAGUGCAGAGAGCCACCCUGACAUCUCUUCUCCAGGUCGCUUGCAGAGGCCACCUGAAUCUCAUUUGUCCCGAUAGACUGUUUCUUUUCACCUAGUGACCAAUCUCGGACCUUGGAUGUAAAAGGAAAACCCCUUGUCUCGGAAGCUCACCUUCCUGGAGGCAGGAGGCACCUCCUGCGCACUGCCCAGAAAACCAGCCUCCGCGCGGGCCAGGAGCUGGGGCAUGUGUCUCCGCAUCAUCUUGCUCUGCCCUCCAGUGCGGGCCAGGCCAGAGGAAGCAGAAGAGGGCUUCCAAGUUCUUGCUCCAGGAACCCUCCCAUGUGCAAGCUGCCAAGAGGGGACCUGCCGGGCAGGACGCCUGGCCAGGAGUCACCAGGGUCGCAGCACAGCUUGUGGAAUAGCAGGUUCUCUGGACAUACACAUGCUAGAGUCCCCUCAGUCUGGGUCCCUAGGGGACUUGGGCCACCCACACAAACCUGGCCGAGGUUUGUGGAGGGGUCCUUGUAGCUGUGGCUGCACUGCCUCACAGCUGCUUCCUCUCGUGUCCAGCUGGACUUGUCUUUCUUGCUGUGCCCAGGCGAUUCAUUGAGGAAAUCCGUGGAGCCCUCUGCCCAUUGUGGUCAGCUGGGGCAUCUGCGGAUGGGUGUAUUUAUUGGCUCAGGGCCAGGCAGCCUGUGGUUAAGAGGGGUCGGGGUGACGGGCACACUUUGUCAUGCGUACCACUGGCUUUAUUUAAAGUGGUAUCUCCAAGACCUGGACUCUGACCCCUAAAGACUUUUUAUAACAUAAUAAGACCUGGGGAAGCCAUCCACUGACUGGACCGCACCCCAGAGGAAUGCCACGGCCCUCCGGGGACUUGCACACCCGCCUCUCCAGGGGACUUGACAAGGGUGCCUCAGGCCAAGGGAGGUCACCACCUCCCUCCAGGCCCCUGACUUUUACUUUGUGGUUCUAGAAAACCCAUGUUCACUUUUCACUCUAUUGUAACCACAACAGGGCAGUUGCAUCCGGCAUGUCAGUGUCCUGCCCCGGGCAGCCCGCCCGCCCGAGCACUCUCCCUCUGGUCUGGCUGCCCACCAAGAGGGCAGUUCUCAUUUUGUUAUUGGUAGAAGAGCCUCCAGCUUAAAAGCUCUUCAUUUUCUUUGGCCAGAAAGUAUAUGGCUCGUGGGGUUUUUUAAUUUUUUUUUUAAUGUUUUGAUUGUUUUAAAAGGAUGGAGACUAAAUUUCUGGAUGGUGUCCAUGUUCUGACCCCAGUGGGUGGGAUGAUGGCCUGAAGUCUCCUCUUUUUGUCCCACCUUCUGCCUGUGCAGUGCCCUCCCGUCCUUCCCUUCAGGCAGUGGGUGUCUGGUUCCUUCCCAAAGUGCUUACUUGGAAAGUGUGGCUUCUGGCCUCUUCUGGAAAAGCCCCUGUGAGUUGGGAGCCCAGCAGGGACAGGAAGGAGAUGUCUGCGGGGGCUGACGUGUUGGGGGAAAGGGGUGCUCAGGGAAGUGUGUCUCCUUCCCGUGCCCAAGAGGCGAGUCCUUGCAGGAGGGGGUUGGUGCCUGCGAUUUCCAUCAAGGAGACUCCCUCCUGGCCCCUCUCCACCUUGGGGCUGACAGCCAAAGACUGAGACUCCUCUGCUCAUGUCUUUGACAUCUCCUAUAAAGCACUGGAGGCCAGAGAAGCCGCUGUAAAUGGCUUUACACGGGUUUGUGAUGGGCUGGGAAGCGCCAUCCCUUCCUAAAUGCCCUGUCUGCAGUUUCAUGGCAGCCUUGCUACAACCUCAGAACAAAUGAAUGAGCUAGAAUGUUGCAAGAAUAUACAUAAAAUAAAUGUAUAUUUAGAUUAAAUAGGUAUUUGGAGAGAGAGCUUUCACAAUGGCCAGCAGCCUUGUGGAGGGCCUGGGUGACUCGUACCCUUCACCAAAGGGGUCUGCCUGUCGCUCUGAGGUUGGAGAAGGCACUUAGCAGCAUCACCCUGCUGUGGCCCUGAGUGGGCAGCUCCUGCCGUCCCCCAGCCUGAGGCGGGGCGCAGGUGUGGGAGCCAGCAGAGGAGGGCCCCUUUGUGCCGGGCAGCUCACCACCCAAGGCCCUGGGAACUCUGCUCACACACACAAAGGGCCAAGAGCCCUGGUUUUCAUGGUAAAGCCCCACCCCAGAGCUCCUUUAACAUCUGUUAAUUAAGUGCAAUAAAUUUUUCUAGAAAAUGGUAAAGAUGACUUCCAGGUGGAUAUUGCUAUCUUAGGGUGUUGGGUAUGCCAGAACACCACUUGGUUUUAUUUUUCUAAGUGCAUGUGAUGUGAUAGAGUGUGUGGGGCUCCCUGUCUUCCCCUGGGAGCUGGCAUUCCAGCGAGCCCCUCUUUCUUACCUUUGUGGGGGAAGGAGGCACGGAGAAAAUUCCUUCUUCCCAGCUGGCGAGGGCAGAAGCAGACUGUAGCCCAUUGGCCUUAUGUGCGUGUGUGCGUGCGAGUGUGUCACUGCUGGUGGGCCGGAGUGAUGCAGUGGGGAGGGAAGCUGGGAAUGUAACCUUUUCAAAACAAAAUUAAAUAUUUUGAGAUGAGAGUUAAUGGGGCUGUCUUUUGUGUCCUCCCUCCCCCUGCCCUAUCCCGUGUUUUCUGUGCAUGCAUGUUGGCCUAGGAGCCUGAGGGUCAUCUCUGGCACCCCCGCAUCACCCGCCAGGCACCCUUGGCCAAGUCACCUGCCCACUCUGUGCCUCAGUUUCCUCAUCUGUCAGCUGGAAGUUAUUCUUGCCUGCUUACCUCACAGUUUACUAAGGGAAGACACCAUCAGACCAAAGGCAGUUUGAAC